GAACCUGAUCAGAGCUUUAAAGCCAUCUUGAGAAAUAAAAUUGUUCCAGCAUAUUUAGAAUUAAGACAGAUUCGUUUUUCAGUGAUUGUAAGGCCUGCAGAUGAGAAAAGGCAUUCAGAUGGUACCAAUGUUGUAGGAAUGGAUAAAUACUUGUAA